AUGAACAGACCUGGCAAGCCUAAGACGACGAGGUCGACUUUCGUGACCAACGUGUUCAAGGUGCUGUGGAUCGACGUGUUGCGGCUUUCCCUGUGCACUGUGGCUUACUUCUUCUGCAUCUUCGCAAGAGUUCCUGCGCUCGAACUGCUGAUCAAGACGAGCAGCGAAGGCGACGUGACGGUAGCGUCGCUAUUGUUCAUGGUGACCUGCGUAGGAGAGUGGCUCAUCUCGUCCUACCACAUGGAGUUGCUGGUUCUCGUCGGAUGCCGCGUCAGAUCUCUUUUGCAGGGAAUCAUCUUCAGAAAGGCAACGCUGCUGUCUCCUGCAUCUGCCCAGCCCGUCGGCUACGUGGCAUCCCUUCUAGGAGUGGACUGCCUCGUGCUUUGCAACUGGGUCCACACGCUGCCACUGCCAUUCUGCGGCAUCCUGACGCUCCCGCUUCUGUUCUGGAUGUUGUCGGAAAGGGUGGGAGUAGUGCCCACAGUCUGCUGCGCCACCUGGACGGUCGUCGCGUUGCUCGCCUCUGGGGUCUCGCUGUACGCACAAAGACGAUUGUGGGAUUUGGAGAUUAAAGCCCGUGACGAGAGGUUGAAAUUCAUGACGGAUCUCCUGUGCAACAUCCGCGUUGUGAAGAUGUACGCCUGGGAAGACGCUCUUCAGAAGAACGUGCUCAAGUCGCGGAAGGUGGAGCUAAAGUGUCUGCUCAGAGUCAACGUGCUCGCCGCGGUCGUGGACUCUGUCUGCAGCUCAUGCAGCACCGUGAUGAUGAUCAUCGUCUUUGCAACUAUGUCUGUGUUCGAGCCCGACCGUGUACUCAGCCCUGAGCUUUCUUUCUCGUGCAUGUCCUUGUUGUACAUCACUGACCUGACAACUAGCGGCCUUGCUCACGCGUUCAGGAAUAUAACAAAGGGUUCACUAUCGCUAAAGCGGAUAUCUUCAUUCUACGCGGCCGAAGAGUAUGACGAAGAAAAGUCACAAGCGAAGGAAUAUUUUACAAAAACUGGAACCGUCAACCUAAAAAACUGCACACUCACCUGGAGCAGUCCUACCUCGAAAGGCGAGGAGCCUCAACUAAAACUGGUCACGCUCGACGUUGUACCUGGAACACUCGUGGGAAUCGUUGGCUUCGUUGGCAGCGGCAAGUCGUCGCUGCUGUCGGCCAUUCUAGGCGACAUGCGGUGCCUCGAAGGCACUGUGAAGCCAGCGGGACGCAUAGCCUACAUGCCUCAGUUGCCGAACGUGCACAACAUGUCCAUACGGGACAACAUCCUGUACGGCCGGCCCAUGCAUCCUGCCUACUACGAGCGCGUGCUUCGCUGCUGCCAGCUCAUGAACGACCUCAACAAGAUUCCUGCCGGAGAUGCGGCCGAGGUUGGCGAGAAGGGCAUCAAUCUGAGUGGAGGACAGAAACAGCGAAUCUCACUGGCUCGCGCCAUCUACAGUGACAGUGAUAUCUACCUCAUGGACGACCCUCUCAGUGCACUGGACCCAGUGGUGGCCAACAAUGUAUUCCGCGAUGUGAUCGGACGUUGUGGCCUUCUCAGAGACAAGACGCGCAUUAUGGUUUGCAACCAAGGCACAUACUUGCGGCACAUGGAUCAAAUUGUGUUCGUUCACGACAAGACUACGAGGGUGUACGCGUCUCUAGAAGAGUUACUCAGUGAUCCCGAGUCACCACAAAACUUUCAUCUCUCACUAAGACAGAGGCAGCAGGCAGCUGGUAUGGCAGACUGUCACAACUUGUUCUCGCAGACCUCCUGGCAGCUACUUAUGGGACUCAUCCAUUUCUCUCAAUGGCCAGCACGGCUGGGAGUCGCCCUUCUAGCCACUUCAGCCGUUGCCCAGGCAACACAGCAGCUAUGGAUAAAGUCAUGGACGGACGCGUCGACUGCUGACCUGAACGGGGCGACCGGCGGCCAUCGUUACUGGAUCGGGGUGCUAGUCGGCAUCGGCGUCGCCAAUGCACGCCUGAUGUCAGGCUCACUGCACCGCGCCAUGCUGGACGGCGUGCUUCGCAGUCCGGUCUCCUUCUUCGACGCAUCGCCCCGAGGAAGGGUGCUGAACCGCUUCGCCGGAGACCUAGACUUCGUGGACGCCGAGUCGUUCGUCAGCGGCCUGCAGUGCGUCCAGGGUUCGCUGCUCACCGUGGCCAGCAUUGUCGUGGUCGGGACGCAGGCGCCUCUCGUGGUGGCGGUCACAGUUGUCGUCGCCAUUCUCGGCGCUUAUGGAUUUGUGACGGCCGUGAGCGUGUCGCACAGCUCGCGUUAUUCGGACAGCGUUGGAGCGUCGAAGCUGUUGCAGCACAUGACCGAGACCCUGGAAUCCUUGAGCAGUGUGAGGGCCUACGGAGUGGUGGACCGAUUUCAACGCCACUUCGCCCGGCUGAGCGACGUCUGCCUGAGAGGCUACGCGUCAUACGGCGCCGCCUACCGCUUCACGCGUUCCCUGACGGCGGUGGGAGGCUUCGCGGUCGUCCUCUCCUCCCUCCUGCUCAGCAUCUUGGGUUCGGCGCCGACAGAUCCCAGCAGUUUGGGACUCGCCCUCAGUUCCGCCACAUCGUCACAGUUUGAUGCGCCUUUUAAUGGAAACGAUCCGGCAAAUAUAAAGACAACGCUGCUUUUAAAAACGUGGCCAUCUGAUGGAGUCGUCGAGUUUCAAGAUUACUCGGCCUCGUACCGACCAGGCUUUACAGCCAACGUUCUCGAAAAUAUCUCUUUCUCGGUGCGGGCCACGGAGAAGGUUGGCGUCGUUGGACGCACAGGGGCCGGCAAGUCAUCUCUGGUGCUCGCUCUCCUCCGCAUCCUGAGAGCCUCGAAGGGUCGUAUCCUGAUCGACGGUGUCGACAUCGCCCAAGUGCCGCUCGAGAAACUUCGUCGAGCCAUUACCGUUAUUCCCCAGGACCCGAGCCUAGUGCGAGGCACUCUGCGCAUGAACCUCGACCCCACAGAGGCCCGCUCCGACGAGCAACUGUGGCAGGCUGUGCGGCAAGCUCAUUUGGCCCCGCUGGUCAAAGGUCACCCGGCGGGACUGGACAUGGAGACUGCGGACGGAGGCGCCAAUCUGAGCGUCGGCCAGCGUCAGUUGGUGUGCCUCGCCCGCGCCUUGCUUCGUGACUCGAAGAUCUUGCUGCUGGACGAAGCCACCUCGCAGAUGGACGGCGACACGGACCGGCUGAUCCAGGCCACGCUCAGGGAGGCCUUCGCCAAAAGCACGCUCAUCGCCAUCGCACACCGCCUACACACCGUGCUCGACUACGACAGAAUACUCGUCAUGGAUGAGGGACGGGUGAGAGAAUACGACACGCCGACUUCGUUACUCACCAACCCUGACAGCGCCUUCUAUAAGAUGGCCGCGAACGCUGGCUUCACUGCGGAUCCAAGGAAUUACCCGCUUGCCUUAACCUCGUUAUGACCUUGUGACUCCCCAAUAAAGCACUUCAAAACGUGACACGGCCGGCACACUGACA